CCGGCAAGUUUUCCUUUGGAUGUGGCGAGGGAAGGUGGGAACGUGCUUAUGCAGUGAGUUUAUAAUAUCAAGAAAAUGCGUCUCUCCGCAGUUCCAAUCGCCGUUUUCAUCGGAUUAUUGUUCGUCACCACCCACGCCCUAGGGUCAACCGAAAACGCGACCGAUCAAGAGACUCGGAACAUCCGGGAAUUGUAUGUCGAAAUAAAACCCAUCCUCCAUCUCCUCAAUGUUUUAUCGGGUUACUUAACCGAGGCGCAGUCAAUGGCGGAAGACGACGUAUCCCAAGAGCCGAACGCGAUGUUGGAGAAGGAUGCCGUCCUCACCCAGAUGAUGGAGCACCUCUUCCAGAAGUUGGGCCUCACCCUGAUGGAGGACCAGCCCUCGACGAGCAGCCCCGGGCGGGGGACCGGCGAGGACCUGCUGUGGUGGUUCCUCAACCUGGGGGCCACGGAGGCGCUACCACGGUUCUACAAAGAGGUGGCUGAGUCUCGCGCGCGGCGCGACGUGGGGGCGAGGCCGAGGCAUCUGGCGUUGCGGACCUUUGAGGUGCAGCUGGCGGAGAUCAGGAACAACAGCUCCGACGGUCCCCCCGUCGUUAAGUUCGAUCUCGUUCAGAAGAACGUGGAUUCUACCCAGUCGGUCGUGAACUCGUCUAGGGUCGAUCGAGCUCCGAGGCCGGCCGGAGUUUUCUUCGGGGGUCGGGACCCCGUGUUGGAGAAAAUGCUCUGGGACGCCUAUCACAAUUUGUCGACCAACGUGCUGCUUCUGGAUCAGAUCUUGGAACGGAAACUCGGGUGCCGUCUCGGCGGAGAGAAACUCCUGCAGAUGAUCUUUCUAAGUCCUAUCUCGCUGAAGGACCUGGAAGAGGCCUGCUCCCUGGAGGCCGUCGACGAGGAACGUCGCCGUCGAGUUUACCGGACGCCAGGCAAUUACCCCGACCACUUCCAGGCGGACUCGGCCUUUGCCUUUCCUCAAGCUCCUAUGGCGCUUCUCGGCGAGGUUUUCGAAAAGCCUGAGUCCGAUCUGAAAGCGUCUUCCUCCGUUUCUUUUCCGUCUUUUGCUUCUGCCAUUUCCGCGAUGACCUCGGAGCAGAGUUUGGAGAUGGACAUGCCGGUGACGUCCACAGGUGCAACUCCUCAAGCUUUCGACGCAACGGAGCCAAUCAUGUGGGAGUCUGCUCGUACUCCCGCGACAGUAGAACCCGUCGUGUGGCAUUCGCCGGGAACUUUCACGACAGCAGAGCCGGUCACACGACCCUCUCCUCAUACGACCACGAUGGCAGAGGGAUCCCCAUCGAGGGAAACCCCCCGAACAUUCGAAAGGGGAGAUUUAGGUCAUUCUUGGGAGUCCUCGAUAGCUACGAAUGAAGCAGGUUCACCAGGCGCCAUUUCCUCUUAUUCACGUGGAACUGCAUCAGGAGGUGGCUCGAAGGAGCCGGAUCUGGAAGCAAACCUUAAGGAAGCGAAGUACUUAAAUGCAAGGACAUCCAGUUCCAAAAUGGAAACUACCUCAGAGCGCACGAGGCCCGCGGAGGCGGUCGAGGACGACUCGAAGACGGGGGGAGCAGCGAUUCCUGGGUACGAUCCGUACAAGUACGAUACGACAGCCAUAUCGCGGAUGUCCAAGGAGGACAGGGAGACGCUCUUCCCGCUGCUGAAGCCUCAGGCCGACCUGGAGGCCUCGGGCUCGGGGGAUACAGAGAUGACUCAGCCUGCCGAGACGACCCGACCUACUGAGAUUACUCGACCUGCCGAGACGAUUCAGCCUGCCGAGGUGGACGCGAAAGAAGUCCAUGUGGACCAGCCUCGAGACCGGGACAUCCACCAGAUGCUGGUAAUCGCGAUGGGCACUAUCCUCGGCCUCGCGACUCUGCUCCUGGUGUCCCUGGCCGUGUUCAAGAGGAGUCGGCACCGGACCGGCUCCUUCGACAUGGAUGCGACGGUGCCGCCUUCGGGAAAGAAGGAGGGGAUCCCCCUCCAGGAAAAUGCCUGAUCUGUUUUCUUUCGUUUCGGCUGGUUGGCGUGUUCUUUGAGGAUUUUGUAUUGUUUGUUUUUGAAAAUAGAAUAAAUUUUAUAGGAAUUUCGUUUGCAA